AUGGCUAAUUCCACUACCAAUACUCAAACUGCCCCAUCACCUCCUGAAUCCCUGUGGGAAUACGAUGUUUUCCUCAGUUUCAGAGGGGGUGACACCCGCAAUAAUUUUACCGACCAUCUCUAUACCGCUUUGAGAGAUAAAGAGAUUGUAACCUUUAGGGACACGGAAGGACUUGAUGCAGGAAAACCCAUUUUGGAACUCUUAAAUGCAAUCGAGAAAUCGAGAAUGGCAGUUGUUAUUUUGUCAGAAAAUUAUGCAUCUUCCACUUGGUGCUUAGAAGAACUUGCAAAGAUCAUUGAAUGCAUGGACGCAGGAAGGAUGAGAGUUUUUCCCAUUUUCUACCACGUGGAUCCUAUUCAUGACGUGCGGCUUCUGAAGGGGACUUUUGAAGCUGCCUUUGCUAAACAUGACAAACGUUCCAAGGAGAAGAAAGAGAAGGAAGAUGCUUUUGCUAAUCAUGACGAACGUUCCAAGGAGAAGAAAGAGAAGGAAGAUGCUUUUGCUAAUCAUGACGAACGUUCCAAGGAGAAGAUAGAGAAGGUGCAAAGGUGGAGAAGUGCUUUGAGAAGAGUGGCCGACCUCAGCGGAGACCAUUUAAAUGAUGAGCCAGAGGCACAGUUCAUCAGCAACUUUGUUGAAAAGGUAUCUAGUGAUAAGUUGAAUGGAACAAUCGAAAGUGUUUAUAAGGACAAAUAUGUUGGAAUAAAGUCUCGUGUUGAGGAAAUUGUAAAUUUGUAUAUUGAUAUGGAGUCGAAGGAUGAUGUUCGGUUUAUAGGGAUAUGUGGGAUGAGUGGAAUCGGCAAGACAACUCUUGCAGAAGCUGUUUUUGAAAUGAUCCAUCAUCAAUUUGAAGCUCGCAGUUUUCUCAGAGAUGUUAAAGGGCGUGAUUUAAAUGAUUCACAAGAUCAACUCCUUCGGGAUAUGAAGUUGAAAAGUGAAAUACCAAGAUGGGAUGAGCGUAAGGCAAUCAACACGACUAGUCUUAGACUACGUAAGAAAAGGGUUAUUAUUGUUGUUGACGAUGCAGAUGAAAAAGGGUUGGAAAGAUUAGCAGGGCACCGUGAUUGGUUUGGCCCAGGGAGUAGAAUCAUCAUAACUAGUGAAGAUAAGGGUCUGUUGGAGAAGAGAUGUGGAGAGAAAAAUGUAUACCAGGCUAAAAAACUGAGUGCAUAUGAUGCUUUGCAGCUCUUUAUUCGACAAGCCUUCGAGGAACCCCCUUGUGGAAGAGAUUUAUUGGAUAUAUGCAAUGGUUUUGUAAGAUAUGUUGACGGCCACCCUCUAGCUCUUAAAAUUUUGGGUUCCUCCAUGUAUGGUAUAACAAAUAUAGAUCAAUGGGAAGCUGAACUGGAAAGAGUAAGAAAAAGUCCUGAACUUCCUAAAGACGAGAGAAAUAUUCAAAAAGUACUUAGAAUGAGUUACAAUAGAUUGAGUACUCCAAAGAAAAAACUAUUUUUAGACGUUGCGUGUUUCUUGAAUGGGGAAGACAAAGAUCGAAUAUCAGAUAUACUAGAAGAUCCUGGUAAGUGCAUCCCAGAGAUUGAUAUAAAGGCUCUUAUUCAGAAAUCUCUCAUUACUGUUUUAGGAGGAAAAUUGUGGAUACAUAAUUUACUACAACAAAUGGGUUGGGAGAUUGUCAAUGAGGAAUGCAUGGAAAGACCCGAAAAGCGCAGUAGAUUGUGGCUUGAAGAGGAUGUCCUUGAAGUAUUAAACAAUGGUAAAGGAACAGAUUCAGUUGAAGGCAUACUGCUAAAUGCACCAGCACAUAAGCAAGUACGCUUGAAUGCGGACGCCUUCUCAAAGAUGAAGAACCUAAGAUUACUUAGAAUUUGUACUGCGCACCUUCCUCAAGGCCUCAAUUAUCUUUCUAAUGAGUUACAUUUGCUGGAAUGGCAUGAGUAUCCUUUGAAGUCAAUGCCAAGGAGUUUUCAACCAAACAAACUUGUUGAACUCAUUAUGCCUGGCAGCCUCAUUGAGCAACUGCCCGAGGAAUUUAGUAACUUAGGCAAGCUAAAAGUCAUCAACCUUCGUGACUCGCAAAACUUAAUCAAGACUCCUGACUUCACUAGACUUUUAGAUCUUGAGAGGGCGAUUUUUCAAGGUUGCAUAAGAUUGGAAGAGGUUCACCCGUCUAUUGGAGUUCAUAAACGGAUUACUCGAUUAAAUCUGAAAGAUUGCAAAUGUCUUGAUAGACUUCCACCCGAAAUCAACUUGGAAUCUCUUAAUACUUUGGUCUUAUCUGGUUGUUCACGCCUCAAAAAGUUUCCAAAGAUUGGACAAAAUAUGACAAGUUUGUGGGAGCUUUAUUUGGACAGGACUGCCAUAGGGGAACUGCCAUUGUCAAUUGUGCAUCUAACUGGCCUGUCUUUAUUGAAUCUUCAAGACUGCAACAACUUUUCGAGUUUUCCGAGUGUCAUUUGUAGUUUGACAUCUCUUCAAACUCUCAUUCUAUCCGCAUUCAAGGUUCAACCAAAGCCCAACUCGUUGUUGAUCAAGUCUCUGUCAGGUUUAGGCUCAUUAGUAUCUCUGGAUCUAAGUGACUGCAAUAUGGGGGACGGAGCUCUCCCUGAUGAUAUUAGUUGCUUAUCUUCACUGCAGUCUCUAAAUUUGAGCAAAAACCAUUUUACAUGCUUGCCUGAAAGCAUUUCUCAGCUUCCUAAGCUUAAAGUUCUUUACUUGGACAAUUGUAGCAGGCUUGAAUCGUUAGCAAAUAUUCCAUUAAGUACACAAUCUGUAAUGGCACGACAUUGCACUUCACUGAUAAAUUAUUCAAAUCAAAUCAUAGUGUGGACUUCAGGUGAACCAGGAUUGACGUUUAUUAACUGCCUCAACUCGGCUGAUGAUAUUGAUGAAGAAAGCAAAGGUCGUGAGCUUUCUCUGCGAGAUAUACACUUCAAGCCAUUGUUGCAGAGAUACAUGGAGGGUCAAAUUCGUCAAGUGGAUGGAAUGUAUAGCGUUUCACCUCAAACUGAAAUUCCAAAAUGGUUCACCCACCAGAAUAAGUCAGGGUCAUCUGUACCAAUCCGGCUACCUGAUCGUCAAGAUGAAAAUUAUAGCAGUUGGAGAGGAAUAGCGUUGUUUAUUGUUUUUAAAGUGAAGAAUAUUGUUCCUCGUGGUCACGACUCAAAAAGUUUUCAUGAGUUCAUAUAUCACUUGGACAACGAUGGAGGUCUUCAAGAUUAUCCCCUGAUCAUUAUUAAUGUCCCUAAAGACAAACUAUAUGCCCUUUCAUAUGGACUUCGGCUAUAUGUAUCAAAUGCAAGGUUUAGGGACCAUUUAGAUGAACGCGGCUGCAUUAGCCCUUCAAUUACAAUCAGCAGCUCAGAUGUGGAGAUUCAAAAGUGUGGUGCGCGUUUAGUAUACGAGGAAGAUAUGGUAGAGUUUGUACAAAAUUUAACCCAAGAAACUUCGGGGAGCCCUGAACACCUCCGUCCACGUCAGGAAUCCAUAGAAUAUCCAAUGAACCCUUCCCCAAGCAAUGUCGAUGAAGCGGAACCCAGUCUGUCCAGCGGCCAAACUGACUUAAACUCCAGGAAAAAAAGACAACCCAGUGGCCAAAGUUACUCGAGCCCCAGGCUUAACAGACAACUCAAGUCAUUGCUUUCGCUAUUGUUUCAGGGAGACCCUGCACGAUACCACUGCUAUGAAUAUAUUUUUCCUCAGGUUAAGAUGGCGGCUCCCCCCCGCUGGUUCAAUUAUCAAAAUGUAUCUAGUGCCAUCAAAAUGGAGCUGCCUUCAAAUUUGAAUGAUAAUACGAGAUGGCUGGGAUUCACUGUGGUGAUCUUGUCGGAAAUGGCAUGGGCUUUGCGCUCUCUAGAGAUCUUUUUGUUGGGUCACAUCGACUUUUGA